AUGGCCCGCACAUUUCUCGCCUUCCAGCACAAUGCAAAGCUGUAUACCCUCCAAUCACUUGUGACUGCAGUACGGCCAUUCGCUGCACUCGAGGAAGCCAACCGCCAGCUCUUCAAGCAAGGCAGCGAAGAAGACCAUGUGGUAGUCACUGAAAAGACCAUCUUCCACCCUCAAGGCGGCGGCCAGCCUUCAGACAUAGGGACUAUCACUUCUCCCUCUGGCUCUUCUUUCACCGUAGCCUCGGUUAGGACGGACGCCCUUCAGGACGGCCAGGUACUCCACUUUGGGCGCUUCAGCUCAUCUCCCUUCGCGGUUGGCGAGACUGUACAGCAGGAAAUUGAUGUGGAAAAGCGUCUUUUCUACUCGCGGCUGCACACUGCCGGCCAUGUUCUAGGCGCCGCAGUCAAGCAUCUCGUGGAAAAGGAGGUGGAGGGAUUCAACGAGCUGAAGGCAUCGCAUUUCCCUGACUCGGCGGCUUGUGAGUUCCAGGGUCUUAUCGAGGGGAAGUGGAAGCCGUCUAUACAGGCGAAGGUCGAUGAGUUCAUUGCUGCUGCCAUGCCAGUUGAGAUAGAGUGGUGGGAUGAAGAUGAUUUCCGCUCUAGGGGGCUGGAGAGACUGAUACCAGAUCCUACCCUGGUGCCUCCGGGCGAGAAGUCUAGGGUGGUCAAUAUAGUAGGGGCAGAGGUGUAUCCAUGUGGUGGUACUCAUGUUGAUACAACGGAUCUAUGUGGACAAACGACCGUGAAGAAGAUUUCUCGGAGCAAGGGCACUUCUCGGGUCAGUUAUACUGUGGUUUGA